UGCAUUCUGCAGGUCCAUGACCUCUUUGCUGAGUGAUGACGAAGAGCGAUAUGUCUCCUCACCUGAGGGUGGUGAUAGAGAGAUGAGACACAGACCCCACUCGGCACCACUGAGUUCUGUGUUUGGAAUCUCUGAGGAUUCUGUCUUCAACAUGGUCCAGAGAGGCCAGUCGCAGAGUGGCAUCGUACUGUCAUCCAGUUGGAGUAGACGGGAGAAAUACAGACCUGUCAAAAUACCAACGGACACCAGGUUUAUGAUGGGUAUUGUAGAGUUGGUAAUGAACCUUCUCAACUCCAGAUUGGCUGAGCUAAUGCGAAGUUUCAGUCAGGGAACUCUAGGUCCGCUGUCUGGUAGUAUCUCAGCAAGUCAGCAGUUUGCCCAAGAAAUGCUAAGCAUGGUGUCUGCUAAGAUGUAUUCCCAUGCCAUAGAGCAUAUUGCGCACGGCUACAAGUCUCCCCUUGAGUUAGAGAGGGAGCUUGAGGCCAUAUUGGGUCCUCUGGCUGGACAGGUUAUAGUCAUCAUCAUAGAUAGCAUCUUUAAGGCUAAAGCCAACGGAGGAAACAAGGGACGAGCGACCAGCCCCUUGACCUAUUUUCUCACUGCCGUUUCGGCAGAAAUACAAAGCCUAGUUGUUCAGAGAUCGGCUAGCAGACCGUCCACCAGACUGUCCAACAACGACCCACUGCUGAACAUUUCCAAGUCAAAGGUCUUAAGAUCAGUUCUGCUCAAAAUGGCAGAACUCUUUGGCCAAGGUCCAAGUGAAACCUGUCUAGUUCCAGUAGUCCAGAGUCAGUCCGACAACUCUGUUUGCGACUGGACUCUGAAUGCAGGCACCGUUCAUCCAAGUCAAUUUCUGUCCCACAACAGAAUGUCAGAAGUGUCAUCCGAUGUUGUGGAUCUUGUACUUGAGGUUUUUGGGAUAACAGGAUUUUUGGAUAGCAGGAGCCCGUCAAGGCCACAGAGUGCCUGCUCCUACAACUCAGCUAGUGGAGCAAUAGAUAUGAGAGCUCUUGCUGGGGACUUGGUCAGACAGGUGUCUGUCAAACUCAGACCCUUUGUCUCUGAGAGUCAACUCUCCACCAUGUCCAUGACAGAUCUGUCAUAUAUUUCUGACUCCACCUUGAAGCAGUUGUGUUGUAGCUCUGCUGUUGCUGCAGCAACGGUCUGUCAAGCAAUCAAAAUGGAGCUCGAGAACCAGAGACCAACCGACCUGUCAGCCAGAGACCUACUAUCGUCUCUGGUAGAGAGCAUUGAGGACAUGGAUAUUUCUGACAUCCUCCAGGGCCCGUCGGCCAUUUUGGAGGAGGCUGCUAUGAUUAAGCACCCAGAGAUCUCCACCUCGACAAUAUACAGGUCUCUGCUUCUCGACUCAUCUCUCGCCUCCUCUAACAUGGUCACUGAGAGCAUUAUCUUCAACAGCCCACGCCCAUCAGAGGAGAAUGUGAGUAUUCAGAAUGUGCUCCCUGUUGAUAAAGUUGACAUCCUCCAUGGUCAACCAGUGGAGGGGUAUAUCGUCAAAGCUGAGCAAUGCAUCACUCAGGUCAUUCAGGAUGCAGCUGUGACAUAUACUAGCGUGCUGGAUAAAACCGACACUGGGAAACUGUCAGAAGUUCUGUCUGUCUGCGUUUCCGCUGAGAAUAUUGAGGAUGCAUCCUCUGAUCUAUUUGGUGGAAUUAUUUCCGACCUGCAUGAGGUAUCUGAGGUCAAUAAGACCUCCAUGCGUACGAAAUCAGGUCGCAAAAUGUUCUGGAUGGAAGUGAGUUCAGGUUCCCAGAAGAUUUAUACCAAAACCCUGGACAAACUGAGGAAGCUUUUCACCUCUCACCUUCUCACUGAGGGAAAAAAUACUCCUGUGCAAAUUGAGUUAUAUGACACUGGACUACUUGUAACUGAGACCACUGUGGAGGUAUCUCCUGUACAGAAGACAGACAGUAAUACCUCUUCAAUGUCCUCAGCCCACCAGCUCACCCUCGACACCUGCACUAAAGGGGUCAUCAAACAGGUGAUCUCGGUGCUGAGGGUGGAGACUUCAAAGGAAGUCAAAUGCGAGAGCAUGUCAAAUGCAUCCUUCGACUUCAACCAGAAGUUGGACUCUAUAAUUUCGAAAUUAGAGAGCCUCACCAUUUCGAGUGACGGGACGUCAGCCAAGAUUGCCAGGCUCACGCGAUCUCGUAGUGCAGCCAGCAGAUCCUCUAACAUUUCCAUCCAGAGCUUUCACAGUGCUGAGUUCCAAGCUACGGCCAAACUGAUUGUGCGUGAGGCCAUUCUCAGAGCUGCUAGCGAAGCCAACUGUUCUUUGCCACAGAGCAUGACUAGCAGCACCUUCUCACACCAUGUGGUUUCUACAACUGAAGAUAUAGUGAAUAUGAUCAUGCAAGACCUUGAAAGUCUAUCCCGGUACACAGUGGAGGACACAGACUCCUUCCCACUAGGAGAGAAAAAGCUGCAGUCCCAGCUCAAUCCCAGAGUUGUCUUUGACACCUUAUUGGAUGCUGCUCAUACCAUGUACCACAGAGUAAAGGAUAGACUGAACGUCUUUUUGUCUUUUCCACCGGUGUCAGUCACCACAGCCAAAGAUGUGCUGGACUCCACCCCUGUGGAGACACUCAGAUGCUCAAAGUCCCCUGACACUGCUCUUGUUAAGGACAGGAGCCGCCCUCCGUCUGUGAGAAGUGAGAAGCCAUUUUCAAAAGUCAGUUUGACUAAAAGGUCUAAAGCCCUUGUGUCUUCGAGUGGCUCCUCCACAGACCACCAUGUAAUUGACACAUGCAGUGAGGAUGUCACUCUGCCUACCAGGAGUAUGUCAGUUGUGAGCGACACCAGUUUGAAGAGAACCUCUCCUCUCCAUGGUAGUGGAUUGAGUGCAAGUUGUGAACCUCUUGUGGCUCUACAAGACGGAACAGUGGCAGUCAGCCAAGAAGGCUUUAGCAAAACUGCAAAGGAGACGCUCAGCUUGAUCCUAAAUGUGAUCAAGUGCAGAUUGGCCAACUCUGAGAGUUCAUCUGUUGGGCAGAAUGCAAGGGAGGAGCGUCUGAUAACCACUAACAUGUUAGACUCUCUACUGGAGAGCCUUGACCUGUUGCCUGACAUGAGUGCUGCCAAUGAGAUCACAAGGACAGAAUGCCAUACCUCUAACGCAAUGGACAAGACAGGUUCACAGUCAGCGCUUGUGAAUCAACAAGAAAUAAACAUAUCUGACACCAGUCUCAUAGUGAAAACUAUAAUGGACACAUUGAAGACAGACGACCCAGAGAUGACUUCAGCAGAAGAACAUCUGGAUAGACUCCUGUCAAUUGAAGCCCUUCAAGAUGCGUCUGGCAACCUGAUCGCAAAGGUCCAUGGUCUCAUUCAGGAGAUAACCAUAAGCCGCCAGCUUCAAUCCACGACUGGCCACAGAAGCCUCUCUCAACCAGCGCUGCCAAAGCCAGCACUGAGGAAGCUGUCAAAGGACGAUGCGUCAGAGCUCGUUUACAGCUUUGCCCAGACUUCUGUUAGCAGACUCCUGGGGCAGUGUGUGGUUAGGCCUAUGCCACCCACCGCUGACAGGGUUUUGGAUCAGGUCAUCAAGUUGAUGACAGACAUGGUGAUGGACAGCCUGACUGAUCUGUCCAAGUCUGCAAUGGAGGAUGUUAUUGUACCCAGGUCGGUCACACCAGCUUGCUCUUCUUACUCAGACACCAGCAAUGCCGCAAGUGACAUCACUCAUGGUAUUGUGGCUGACCUUAAUGCUACUGAGGAAUUCCCUGCCAGGGGCCUUAGCCCGGCUGAUGUAAAGGCUGACGGCAUGGCCCGCCUUCCCUCUGCCAGGGGGGAAGAGACUAAGAAGAACAGGAAGUGGCAUUUCCUACCCAAAAUUGUCAAGAUUCCAAAGAUCAGGAUUAAGCUGUUCAAGACAAAGGGGGAACCAAAGAGCCACCCUGAACAGGAUUCUCUGCCUACCAAACGUCUCAGAGAGACUCGUAUUUCACAGGAUGCUGAGUGUGAGGUUCCAUCCACUUCCCCACCCAAGGAGGCCCUGACAACCACACUGGCCCCUGCUCCCCAGGAGUCCCAGUCCCGUAAACGCCCUCUCAUAGUCAGGGUGUUACGAGCUAUCUCCAGAGCCGUCUCCAAACCAUUCAGAGAAGCUUUUGGGAAGAAGAAUUAGCCAAAUGCCAGAUUUUAUUACUAUUUUAAUCAGAGCCUUUAUUUAAUAAAACAUUACUGCAUUGA